ACAGACAGCAAACUCAGAUUACCAUGGAUUAUGUGAAUCAACCUGCUGCACCAACCGGAAACCAUUCUGAUAAACAAACCAAGGUGUAUCCAGGUGAAAAACUGAUCCGAGUGGUUGCUGUUAGUUUUGGACUGCUGUGUGUCCUACAAGCUCUUAUCAACAUUUCUCUGCGUCUUGUUCUGUACACCCAGACAUCAGACCUUCUGCCUGAUUGCAAAAAUGGGACAACAGAUUUAGACAAUUUCAGAAGACAGAAUGCUCAGUAUUUUCAACAAGGAUGGGCGUAUGUGCAUCCAAGUUUCUAUUACAUUUCUUCCACCACAAAAUCUUGGGAGGAAAGUCAACAGGACUGUUUGCAAAGAGGAGCAGAUCUGGUGAUUAUUAACACCAACGAAGAGCAGGACUUUACGAGACAGUUUAACAGGUUAACAUGGAUCGGACUGAGAAACAUAACAAAUCAGUGGACCUGGGUGGAUGGGACUCCUUUGACCAAAAACUACUGGGGCGAAGGAGAACCCAACAAUUUGAUACGUGUAGACGACAAAUGUGUGGAGAUAAGGUUCUUUAAAACGGAAAACAGUUGGAAUGACAUCCCAUGCACAACUUCAAACUAUUGGAUCUGUGAGAAAAAUUUGACCCAAAUAAUCAAAUGAAACCCAGGAAACAUGAAAGGUGCUGUAAAACGUUCACUUUUUCCCUUUAUCUGUUUUUUAUGCAUUUUAUGUUUUUGUUUUUAUGUAUGACUUUAUGAAUUAACGGAAAUAAGAUGAUAAAAUAUGAUAUGAAACAACAAAAUGUAUGUUUUUGUAUUGGUUUACAUUAAAAAUAUAAUUAACCAGAA